AAUGCAAUUAUUAAAACUGCACGUCUUGUUUGUAUGGAAAAAAAAAAUGUUAAAAAGCGCGGUGCCCAUCUUCAUCGAUCACACCUGCAAAAGGCAGUAUCCGCUACCCGCCUGCAUGGAUCUUAUUGCUUUUAUUUGGAAAAUGUCGGCGUUUUAAACACCUGAAUGAAAACCGUUUUUGACUGCUCGGGGAUAGAGACCAAGGCGUUUCCAGAUGCAUGUUUUUUUUUUUUAUUACCCGGCCUGUGAUGCGAAUGAAUCGAUGCGGGUUGUCGGAUUUUAGUUGCGUGCUGCUUAAAACCACAUUUUGGCACUGCCGCGUGUGAAAUUACCGACGGACGAGGAGGUGCUGCCAAUCCCCUAACCCCAUCUUUCGUGCCCAAAGAGGUAAAAACAAACGCCCCGACUCUGGGAGAUUCAUGGCCAUAACUCAGCCUCCACGUACGCGUUAGCAAUGGUACUGCACUUACGCGCCUCAGCUGGCUUUGCAGCUCAACUGCGAAUGUAAUAAGCUCCACUGUUUUAGGUUACAUAAGGACCACCGUUAUGGCAGUACGUAGCAAGACUAGUCGUAGAGAUCCAAUAAUAUUUAAAAGGAGGUGGGGGGUGUACAACAGACUGUUGUUUCUGGUGGGGGGGAUUUAAAAUUGGGCGCGGGAGCGGCUCUAAAAAAUGGUCCUGCUCGGAACUGGUCUCUCUUUUCUUGUGCUGCUCGGGCACUCUUCCUGAAUUUAAACAACGGGCAAACCAACGGGUGUAAACGAAAUAAAAUCUGUGGUGAGCACACACACACACAAAUAUAUAUUUGGCGACCCUUCCUGCAUAUGUAAGGUUUUUUUUUCCUCAUGGUGCGAAAUAGUCGCAGUGCCCUACCUAGCUACCAUCAGUAGUUGUGCUAAAGUUUGUCUGGAGCCGAAGUUGGCAGGAGAGCCUACGUCUGACGCAUGCGCGUAUGAAUGCACCGUCCCUCUCCAAGUAAGAGUUAAAGAGAAACGAGAAUCUGGAAGAGUACCGCGGGGGCCUUGCACACAGAUUGAGGCAGUAGGAUCUGCUGUACACAGCAGCUGACAUCCGCGCUGUGAUGUGCACACCCUGUCAGCAGGCCGUUCGCUUUUACCGUGGCACAGAGCGCCCUGCAAGAUGACGGACACCCCGCCCAUAGAGACGCCCACCUCCGGGGGUGACUUUGACAUGAUGAGCGCCCUGGACUGGAAGGACGGUAUCGCUACACUGCCGGAGAGCAACAUUCGGUUCCGAAUGAAUGAGUUUGGAGCGUUGGAGAUCGUCACUGACCUGGAGAUGCAAGCUGUUCAGGGGGCUGCCUUGGCAACAGAACCUCAAAAUCCCUCCCUUGCCAAUAGCCCCACCCCUCCACCAGAGGCUGCCACGGAGACCAUGACAUCAGCAGAGCCUGAAGGUGCCGAGCUGCUGUCCCAGGCUCUGGAGGAGGCCCCGAGCGUGGUGGUGGUCAGCUGUGGCUAUUGUGGAAUCUCUGGGAGCCAGGACAGCUUCAUCCAGGGCAAGUUCUGCAGCCCUGCCUGCGCACAGCCCUCCAGCUGCAGGGCCAGCCCUGUGGAGCAGAGAGACAGAGGCGGGGCCAGCGGUAACCCAGGCAACGAGAGCGACAGGCUGGGAAAGCGUGUGAGGAGGAAGAGGAAGCUGUACAUGGACUCGGGUGACGAAGACGAGGAGAACCCCGAGGAGGAGGAGGAAAAGUCCAAGGCGGGCAAAGGAAGGAGAGCUGCCAAGCAGGCCAGGCAAGUAAUGACCCAGCCAGCAAAGAAGAAAGUGUGGAGUUGGCACACGUACCUGGAAGAGGAGAAGGCUGUAGCCGCCCCAGUCAAGCUCUUCAAAGAGCACCAGUCGUUUCCUCAGAGUCGGAACGGCUUCAAAGUGGGCAUGAAGCUGGAGGGCCUGGACCCCUGCCACCCGUCCCUGUUCUGUGUGCUCACUGUGGCAGAGGUCCAGGGUUACAGGAUACGACUGCACUUCGAUGGUUACCCUGAGUGCUAUGACUUCUGGGUAAAUGCAGACGCCUGGGACAUUAAGCCAGCUGGCUGGUGUGAGAAGACAGGGCAUAAACUGCUGCUCCCCAAAGGGUGCAAAGACGGAGAGUUCAACUGGAGCACCUAUGUGAAGAACUGCAGAGGACAGAUCGCUCCUAAACACCUCUUCAAGAGUCUCAACACUUCUGUCACCCCGUCUGGGUUCCGCCCGGGGAUGAAACUGGAGGCAGUGGACAGGAAGAACCCCUCUCUGAUCUGCGUGGCCACCAUCGCUGGCGUGGUAGACAACCGCCUGCUCAUCCACUUCGACAACUGGGACGACAGCUACGACUACUGGUGUGACUCCAGCAGUCCUUACAUUCACCCCGUGGGUUACUGCCAGGAGCAGGGACUGACCCUGACGGCCCCAGCAGAAUACAAACAUCCGAGGAGCUUCUCUUGGGAGAAAUAUCUAGAGGAGACGGGAUCCCAAGCUGCCCCCGCCAGGGCCUUUAAACAGAGACCCUCUCACGGGUUCCAGGUGAACAUGAAGCUGGAAGCCGUGGACAAGAGGAACCCCAUGCUGAUCAGAGUGGCCACCAUCAUGGACACUGAGGACCACCGGGUGAAGAUCCAUUUUGACUGCUGGAGUAAGGACUAUGAUUACUGGGUGGACGCAGACAGCUCCGACAUUCACCCCGUGGGCUGGUGUCAGAAGACCGGGCACCCCCUGCAGAACCCGCUGGGACUGUCCGACUCCACGGCGCUCCCGGGGCAGGGCUGCCCCACUCCGGGGUGCAACGGCGUGGGCCACAUCCGGGGACCCCGGUACGGCACACACUACACAUCGGUCAGCUGCCCCUACUCCGAGAUCAACCUGAAUAAGGAAGGGCUCCUGCCUGACCGGCUGAGCGGAGAGAGGACGGUGGCGCUGGCUGGGCCGCACAAGGGCAAGCGCACCGAGACGCCGACGCCCACCUCCACCACCCCUGACCUGCCCGAGCUGCAGGACGACUCCCCCCACUCCAGUGUUGGCAGGAAGUCUUGGAGCGGCGACAGUGAGCGGUCGGGGCGCAGCAGUGUCCAGAGCCUGUCGGAGCCUAUGCAUAGCAGUGAGGAGAGGAUAGGGGGCGCUGCUGAGCACUGCGACAGUGGCAACAAAGCCAAAAAGUCUGAACAAAUUCCCAAAUGUUUAAAGCUUCAUUUUGUCAAACAGGAAAUCGGAGAUGGAAAAGAGUCCCCCGUGAGUCUGCAGCAGGCUCUACACGACUCGGUGUUCACCCCUUCCUGCUCCACCAGCCCCACCCAGCGCAUCCAGAUGUGCUGGGAGAAGCACUGCAAGCUGCUGCCAGAGGUGCUGGGCCUCUCUGCCAAAAAAGUGGCCAAGUGGACCACUGAGGAGGUCACCAGCUUCGUCAGAGGCUUGCCGGGCUGCAAAGAUCAUGCUGCUGUUUUCAGGAGUGAGCAAAUAGACGGCGAGGCCUUCCUGCUCCUCACCCAGGCGGACAUUGUCAAGAUCCUGAGCAUCAAGCUGGGCCCGGCCCUGAAGAUCUACAACUCCAUCCUCAUGUUCAAGAGUGCUGACGAGGAGUGAGGCUGUGCAGUCCUGUUCAUGGAGAACAGUCUUCCGGUGCCUGCUCGUCUGGGCGUGCAACUCAUUCUCCUUGAUCGAGUCUCCCGAUUUAAGACCGCUGUUCCACAAGCCAGGAACGGGGACAUGUAACUUUUAUUUGGAGGGAAUGUGUUUUUUUUUUUUUAUUUAUUUCGUCUACGUGUUUGUACUUCCAAUGUUUUAUUGGAGGAUAUCUUUUUUGUUUGUUUGUUUUGAAUGUCACAGAGUGAAUGUUUUUAGAGAAACAAUCCUCACAGAUUUCUGGUCUACAGUGCAGCAGUUUGGAGGGCCUUUGCUGGCUGACCCUUGACCUCUCAUGCUCUCAGUAGCGGCAACAGGAAGUGGAUUAGGAAAAGCCACUGUGAUGCAGGACAUCAUUUGCAACUGACAAAAAAAACCUAUCCACUCAAGCAUGCUGGGGUUGAUCAGUUCACAUCUAGGCAGAUUUGUCACUUACAUUUAUUUUUUAAAUUCCCUAAAAAAAUAGCUUUCCCAGUGAUCUGCACGGAAAUCUGUCCCGUGAACUCUCCAGAAAAAUCUGUCCCGUGAACUCUCCAGAACUAUUUUGUAAGAGGAAAAGCUAUCUCUAGAUUUUUAACUUGUAGCUUUUCCUGCAUGAAUUUUGAUUUUAGUGUACAUUAAGGACACAAAUGGUGCUGAGAGCACUUUGUUGAGCACAUGGUGCUUGGGGAGGUUGUUCUCCGUUUCAUUAAAAAAAAGUUAUUCAAAAUCAUAGAAGCCACAAGAACAUAAGUUGUUUCGAUGUCUGUAGGAAAAAGGAUGAGCUGUGAGGUGAGGGACUAUGAACUGCUUCAGUGUGCUGCAGGUUUGGACUCCACCAGUAGAUGGCGCCCUUGAAUUGACAGACGGUGGUGGAAAGGAGGUUGGAUCAUGGGAGAAACUGUGGAGGUGGAUACAGAAUUUUGUGAAUUGUUUUUCAUCAGGUUUUGUUUCAAAGCAUAUUUGAACUGGAUUUAACACCAGCCAUUCCUGUGAUGCUGUCUCUCCAAUGAAAUGUUUUUUUAACUACAAAUGAAAAUUUGUAAAAUUCAAGAAGAACACACCUCGUUUAUCUAUUUACUUGGAAAGAGUGCUUCCCUAUAGCGUUUUAGGGAGCACCACUGGCCAGCUGUGUAAAACACCCACUUUUUUCCUAUAUGAGUUUCUUGACCUCUGAGGUACCUGCACCUAGUAUGUGAUAAUACUGAGGUUAGUUACCAAGUAAGCAAAAAAAAAAAAACUGACACUUUUAUGAGACUUAACUUCCAGGGCUCCUCCAGUCACUUCUGUAGGCACAGCCAUAACAGAAAAACCGCGUUGUACUCGAGAGCCGGAAGGAGCCAUGAGCUUUCAGACUCCUAUGUGAAUCUUGUUGUUUUCUGCCUUGGUUUAAGCAGCUGACCAAAGGAACUUUAGCUGGGAGCGUUUUUUAAUUGGUGAUGGGUUUUCUAAUGGUCAGAUCUUUCCAAGGGAAUUAAAUACCUCCACUCUCAAAACUUGAAUGUUAUUAACUAAACCUUCUUUGCUAUGGGUCUGGACUUAUUGUUGGUCAUAGGAAGGCUGUGGAUGAUUUCGGUGUCAAAGGGGUAAAAGGAAAACUAGGGUGAUGGGGAUAGAGUCCACAGAAAAACUGGAAAACUACCAAUAGUUGCAUGACAAUGCAAAAGUGUUUACAUGUAGCUAAAUUUACAUAGAAGGCAUUGGCUCUUUGUCUUUCUCCUUUAUUUGACUGCUAUGUCUGGUUUAUAUGGCUACAACUGUAACUGUAUAGAAACCCCAUGAAAUACAUUGACCCUUGAAAGAAACAUUUCUACACAGUUUCAGCUCGGGUGAGAGAAAUAUAAAUGCUUUUUCACAAACUAAAGGAAUCCAGUCUUGGAUAAGGAAAGGUUAGAAUAACCCUGUUUUUUUAUUUUAAAAAAGGCAAGGGGAGUUUAAAUUAUUCAUACCACUUAACAAAUUCCCAAAAUGUGUCAAGGACUGGACUUUGUGAAUGUUUUAAAAUGAGUUCUUCUACGGUAUUGUUAAAUAAUACUAUUUGGUGCUUAGCUGUUGAAUUUAAAUGUGAGACGCUGUGUAACAUGAUGGUUAUUUAUGUGUGUUAUUUAAGAUAUUUCCUAUUAGGUGAGAAUACCUCCUCGUGAUGUAGCAAUUUGUGCAGGAACAUCCAAGGGAAUGUCUUCAUAGCUCUGUUGGGGAAAUGUACACGUGUCCGAACAAAUUAAACCCCUUUACCCUUUACACCCUGUA